AUGGCAGCUUCUUCCAAUCCGACAGAAGAAAAUUGGCAUCCGUCCAGUCCUCUUGCAUAUGACGCACUCCCGGAUCACCAGGACUUUGACUCGAUAGUUUCUGAUGCAAAAUUCACUGCUGAUACAAGAACUGAUUUAUACGACCGCAGUCUGACGAGUCGCAGAUAUGCCCUUGUUGGAGUGGCAUGCUCAAUUAUCUUUAGCUGCUCAUGCAUCGUUGCAGGCAUUGUCACUUUAGCCAAUCACGGAGUCACAGGAGUAGCCGUGUACAACAUGAGCCCCCUUGACACUAAUCAAGAGAUAGCUCAGUUGAGCAUGCAGGGGGAGACAGUGUCCCUGAUGCUAAACUUAAUCGUCACGUUAUGCACCGAGUCUAUAGGCUUUGUACACGGCAUCUCAUUGCGCUCUGCACUAGCCUCAGAGUCUCGACUUCGUUUCAACACCAAUCUGCGCCUUCUGACUGCAGCUCAUGGAUGGUAUAACCCCAACGGUGCCCUCCUCAAUGGUGUCUCAGCUAUCCUCCUCAUUAUAUCCUAUAGCUCAGCCUCCCUUGUCGUAUGUCUCGACCAGCGAUUACCGACGUCACCAACAGAAUUUUUUGCGGAGGGCCUUGCCAUCGCAGGGUUACCUCUCCUCAUUUUGGGCAUCGCACUUCUUCUGCAGGUGGUGAUCGCAUUGUCAGGGAUGCGGGCUGCCAAAAUUUUGACGUGGAGCUCCUCGCCUUUUGACUUGACCGCCGCACUGGUCCACCACACGCAAUUGACCCCGGCUACUUUCCGGUGCAUGCGUUGUGUGUCUGAUCUGGACGUGGAUGGAGGUCCAGCGAAGCCCUCAGACACACAGCCCUCAGCAUGGCACGCUCAUCCUAGCGUCAGAAAAGUUGUCAUUUCUCUCUGGGGACUCGUUGCAGCAUGCGCUGGAUGGGCCGGAGUCGUCAUGUAUAUUUGGCACAAGUACGCCGUCAUGAGGCGCCCCGUUUACCCUGAGCCGCCAAUUUGGUCGUUCUUGCCCAACGGGUAUCCCGGUACCAUCAUGUAUGCUAUUCCGGGCGCCAGUGUUCAGGGGUGGAUUCUGGUCUUCGUCAACAUGGGAAUUAUCCAGGGGCCGUUGACACUCGGGCUGCAUUGCUCGGAGCUUAUCGCGAAUGUUAUUCGAGAUGAAAGACAGUGGAGAUGCGCGAGCCUGAGGAAAGGACUUAAAAUGGCGACAAACCCGCUGAAGUCUAUUUUCACUCAUCCGAUCUGUCUCUUACUUUUCGUCGUGAAGCCUUUCCUGCACUGGAUGUUCGGGCUUGGGUUCUUCGUAAUUGUCGACCCCACUGAUGAGAAAAUAGUGGCUUUGUAUAUAUACAUGCCCACUGCCCAGAUCUGGAACUUAUGUAUAGCGCUGAUUAUAUUCGCCUGUCUCUUCACUCUGGUCGCAUUGCGCCGACUACGCGGCCCACAGCCCGCUACAUACGGACACCUACAGACACUCACCAACCUCGUGGAUGAAUGGUCGCCUGUGAUGUGGUGGGGCCACAAGGAGGACGGAAUUCCUUAUUGUCAUGCUGGGACGAGUGAUCAUCCGCUGCCGGAUGUGAAGAUGGACUGUGUUUAUGCUGGUUCCGGUGUCAAGCCUCCCGCAUCUGGCUCGUGA